UUCAUGAAGUAUAAAUAUUACGGCAAAAACUAAAAAAACGAAGGUUUAAAACUAACCUCCAAGAAUAAUUUAGUUUGAUUUUAUUUCCCUAAUAUUAUCAGAAUGAGUAUCGAAGAUCUCAUAACUGAAACUAGCUUUGCCAAACUAAAAGGCAAAAUAGAUGAUAGACUUUUGGAAUCCUUACUAGAACAUGGGUUCGAAAGACCAACCAGAAUACAAUUUCAAGUUCUUCCACAUAUGCUCCUAGGACGUGAUCUAAUAGGUGCUGCAGAAACAGGAAGCGGAAAGACAUUGGCGUUCCUGAUUCCAACCAUUGAAAACUUGCUUAAAUGUGGGAUGAAAAGAAAAGAUGGUAUGGGUUGCUUAAUUAUUUCACCCGCAAGAGAGUUGUCUCUACAGAUUUAUGAGGUGUUAAAGAAGUUAUUGACACACAUCGAUUUGUCUCACAUACUACUUGUUGGUGGAGAAAAAAAAUUGAAAGAAGUGGCAUGCUUAAAGAAAGGUGUCAAUAUAGUAGUAGGAACUCCUGGAAGGUUGCUUGACCAUAUACAAAAUACAACACUGUUUUGUGGCAAUUUAAAACAUUUGAUAUUGGAUGAAGCUGAUAAAUUACUUGAGUCAGGAUUUGAGAAACAUUUAACUGGCAUUCUUAAAAAGUUACCAAAAAAGAGACAAACAGCAUUAUUCAGUGCAACAAUAGAUGAGAAAGUGCAGAACCUUGCUAGAGUGGCAUUGAAACCUGAUGCAACAAUUGUUUCUGUAAAGAAUGAUAAGCAACCAACAGCAACAAGAUUACAACAAGGAUACUUUCUCUGUCCCAUAGAAAAAAGAAUAUGCUGGCUAUACAAAAUGUUAAAGAAGUGUAAAAAAUUCAAAGUAAUGGUGUUCUUUUCUUCAUGUAAGUCAGUUGACUAUCAUUAUGAAUUUUUUAAGGUUCAUUGCAAGGCUCCGGUGCUAAGUAUUCAUGGUAAACAAAGUCAACCAAGGCGAAAGGAAACAUAUCAGAAUUUUGUGGAUGCAGAAAAAGGUGUAUUAUUUUGUACAGACGUUGCAGCAAGAGGACUAGAUAUACCAGCAGUCAAUUGGAUUAUACAGUUUGAUCCCCCAACUGAUAUUAAAGAUUACAUACAUAGAGUUGGAAGAACAGCCAGAGGUCUAAGUAGUGUUGGAAAUGCUGUGAUACUGUUGAGGCCAGAGGAAGAAGUAUUCAUAGAUUAUUUAAAGAGGGAGAAAGUUUAUCUCGAUAAAUAUAACUUUGAUGAACCCUCAGGAGAAGUACAGGAUAUGUUAGAAAAUCUUAUAAGCAGAGAUGGAACAUUGAAAGUAUUGGCAAGGAAAGCUUACUUGUCAUAUCUUAGAUGUUAUAAAAAACAUCCUUUAUGUAAAAUAUUCAAUAUUAAAAAUAUGGACUUAAAAUUGGCUGCCAAAGGUUUUGGUUUUCUGGAACAACCACACGUCGAUUUUCUUAAAACUACAAAACAUCAGAAAACGAAAAAGGAGCAAUCAUGUUAAGUUCAGGAAUAAAUAGUUGAUUUUUACAA